CCCAUCACCCAAUUAAUCGUCGAGUUUUAUCAACUCGCUGACUCGUCACAGGUGCACUACGUGGAAUUGAAAAAUGAAAAAUGCGGGAAUAACCACAAAUCCAGAACGAGUGACUCAAAAUCAUGAUAAUAGAGAAGUUAUCCACUGAUUAUCGCUGAUUACAAGUUGUAGGUGGUGGGUGAGGCCUGUUUUUACGAAAUAAUUCGCUCUGACGUUUACCAAAAUGGCUCUGGAGGAGAAUGAAAACACUUGGGUUCUGGAGCUGGAAGCGGCGCUUUUGGACACCGAGGUGCCCUCCGCCUCCGAUAUCUACGCUAUCUGCAAGGGCCAGCCAGUCCCGGGGAACCUCAGACCCGACGUCUGGCAGGCGUGCCUCGACGUCACCGACAGGGGCAAUCAGCUGAUACUUUUUAACGAGGUGUUCGACCUCGCCGAGCAGAAUGUCAUCAGAGAGGACUGCCAGCAGCUUGUUGGAAAACUUGGAAACGACGACGAAGACAAGGUAUCCGUCCUCUCCGACCUGGAGUCCAUUCUGACAUUCUACUGCAAAAGUAGAGGAAAGACGUACGCGAGGGGAAAUGGCUGGCUGGAGCUCCUGGGGCCACUGGUGGCCCUCAAACUGCCUCGUUCAGCUACGUACAAUUUAUUCGAGGCCAUAAGAGACGUUUACAUCCCCAGGGGCGAAACGAGCAGCGCAGUCCUGAGACUCCUCUUACUGUACCACGAGCCUGAAUUAUGCUCCUUUUUGGACACCAAGAGAGUGUCACCAGAUCAAUACACCAAGGGCUGGGUGAACACACUAUUUGCGGGGGUCUGCUCUCUCCCAGCUGUCUGCACAAUGUGGGAUCUCUACUUCAUGCAGGCUGAUCCAUUCUUCAUGAUGUUUCUUUCGUUAAUCAUGGUGAUAAAUGCAAGAGAGCAAAUCCUCAGUAUGAAGGACGAGGACAAGCAGAGCAUAGUGGACACCCUCUCGGCAAUGCCCUGUGCCCUAGAAGCUGAAGACGUCACUGACUUCUGCUCCCUCGCCCAGUACUACGCCAUGAAGACCCCCACCUCCUUCAAGCAGGAUCUCUACUCCAUAAUGUUCGGUGAAGGGGGUGACGAGAAAUUCAUUUCUCACGCGUUGUGCCUGCCAGUGUCAGCCCAGGAGCUCGUGGAGAACUCUGUGGAGGCGCCGAUGUCCUCUGGCGGGCCCGUGGAGUCGGUGAGGUUCUUCCUCGUGGACUGCAGACCUGCUGAGCAGUACAACGCUGGACACCUCCCCACAGCCUUCCACCUGGAUUGCAAUCUUAUGCUCCAGGAGCCAGCUGCCUUCGCCACUGCUGUCCAGGGUCUCCUUCAGGCCCAGAGGCAGGCACUCGCAGUGGGCUCCAAUGCUGGGGGGGAACACCUCUGCUUCCUGGGGAGUGGGAGACAGGAGGAGGACAGAUAUACUCAUAUGGUUGUGGCUUCGUUCCUUCAGAAGCACACGCAGUACGUCAGCAUGGUUGCCAAUGGAUAUCAAGCAAUUCAUGAAUAUUUUGGUGAUGAAGUUGUAUCGAAUCUUGUGGACCACAACUCUCAGCAUUGCCUAGUGUGCAAUGCAAAUUUAUCAGAGGCUAAUUCCAACGAGGCAAGCCCUGUGAAAGUCAAGAACAAUAAUUCAGAUUUAUUCGGGAAAAUUGGACUGGCAAUGAAGCUGAAGAGCCAGGAGGUGAAGGGAAAGCUCUUCGAUUACAUCGUCAACACUUCUGCUAGUGAUACCACGAGUGAGAAGAAGAACCCAGAGCCCAGGAGGUCCAGGCACACAGCACCAGUAUUCAGUAUAGACGACGAUCACGAUCCUGACGUUGUCAUGAGCACUCCAGAGAGCGAGGAGCCUGUCGAGGUGGUCUCCAUUCAGCAGUGGCUCAAGGAUCCACAGCUUCUACAUUCCUUCAAGUGCCAGGAGGUCAAAGUUAACGGAUAUGUUUAUGACAGUCAUCUCCUGGUAACCGACAGCCAUUUAAUAGUCCUUCGAGAGAUCCCAGGACGUCGAGACGCAGCACACGUGAUUGUGAAACGUCCCCUCUCGACAAUCGUCAAAAUAACAUCCCGGAAGCGUCACCCAGACUUGAUAACAUUCAAAUACGGUAGUGCAACACAGUACAAUGAGAAUCCAGUAAUAACUGACAUGGACAGAUUUCUUAUUCCAAAUGCCAGUGAAGCAACUAAAAUGAUAUCUCAGCAGAUUCUCAAGCAAUUGCAAAAUUCCGACUAAAGUGAGUGAUUCAACAAUUCUGUUUUUUUGGUUCUCGUAAUCACAGAUGUUUUUCAUUUUCGAGUUGUUUAUACACCGGGUACUUACACUUUUUCGAUUGAUUACGUGAAUUUAGAAGAGAUUUUUUCAAUAAAAUGAAUAAAGUAUUAAACGUCCAUUUAUUGCAAUCAAGUGCCAUUAAAUAAGAUAUCGAGGGAAUUCAUGAUGUACUGAAUUUUAUUUGAUCACUUGUUCUGUGGACAGUUAGGUAAUUGAAUUUAUUUCACUUUAUUUGCAAUUACGAUUGAAUUUGUGGACUGAAGGGGUAAAGGUGAUGGUGAGACUUUUCCCGGAAUUAAUUACGUUAAUUAUCUCAGGGAGAAGUGGAUUUGAAUUUGGAUUUUUCACCACUUGAAUUAAAUAAGUCCAAAAUUUCUCGACUUUUCGUUCUGUAAUCUUCAGACAGACCAUGAGUUCAUUAGCUUCACGCCUAAAAACUAAUUAUCGAAGCAGUAAUCACCUCUGAAAGUAUAAAAACCACGUUCGUCUCUUAUUUUUUCACUUUUGUGCUUCCAAUUCCCAAAAUUUGAAAAUUAUUGACAAGAGAAUGACGGUAAUGUUCGGAGACUUUAACAAAUUAGGAGAGGCUUGAUGUUAUGUUUGUGGUGGGUAUGAGAGACUAUUCUAAUCAUUAAUUAGGGGAAGAGGUUCAUCAAGACGUACGUGAGGCGAGUGCCUCCCAUUUGCUAUUGAUAAAUUUUAUAUUAAAGUCACAGUGUAAAAUAUAUUGAAGUAAUUAUUUAUAAAACCACGAAGGAUAAUUGUUAUCUUCGAAUUCUCAUUAAUGAGGUACUGCGACUAAUGAAGAAAGAAAUAAUGUUAUAAUUAAUUAUCCAAGGAGGUUCAUUUUAUGAGAAAUUUAAUCAACAAUAAGUGAAAUAAUUAAUGGAAGAAUGGAGAAACUGCGAAAUCAAAGAUUAAUCAAAUUUUACUGUAAACGAAUUAGUUGAUUAAGUUGACUCCAUUGUGGAUCUCAUUUGGUUCAUAAUUAAGUUGAUGAUAAAUCGAAAAUUAAAAAAAUAAUGCGAUAUUCGUUCUAAGGGGAGACUAUUAUCAGUUUCAAAAGUCGCGGGCCAUUGGAAUGAGAUUUCUCACACAUUGAAGAUUGUUUAUUUACUAAAAUAUAUCUAAAAGUUAAUAAUUA